GAAGCUGCUCGUCUUUGGUCAAAACAACAUGGUGUCACCCUGUAGGCAAUGUGAACGCAAACAAGCGGCUCGCUCUUUCAACGACAAUUACAGAGAUAUGAUCUGAAAUACAGCAGCCCCUCGUCUUCAGAGCUGAAUGGCUUUCAGGGUGUGCGGUCGGGUUUUAAGGGACUGUGCCAUCUUUUCCAGACGGUUCGUCGCGUCUCCUCGGGACGAAAGUGCGUCAUGGUUUCUCACCGCCGGAAGUGCUGCAUGCAGCCGAGGAGGGAGGAAUGGAUUCAUCUUCACUCCUGCUUGUUUUAUUACAUCAGAGGCAUUUCUCAGCAGACUGAUGAAAGGCAAAGCAGCUCAGGCGGACAGCAGCAUUUAUCGCCUUCCAGCUUCAGUUCCGUCAGACGGUGGUGAACAGUUAUCUUUGUUACUGAGACAUCCUGAUCAGCCCCAUGACUCAAAGGUUUUGAAAGUGGCUAUAAUUGGUGCUCCAAAUGCUGGGAAAUCCACGUUGUCCAAUCAGCUUCUUGGCAGAAAGGUGUUUGCUGUGUCCAAGAAAGUGCACACUACCCGAUCACGAGCACUGGGCGUUCUAACAGAAAACGACACACAGAUUAUUUUGCUGGACACUCCUGGUCUCACCACCCCAUCAAAGGUCAAAAGGCACCAGCUGGAGAAGUCUUUACUUGUGGAUCCCUGGAACACUGUCAAAGAAGCUGACCUGAUGGUAGUCAUGGUGGAUGUGGCAGACCGAUGGAUGUGCAGCAGGCUUGACUUUGAGGUGCUGAAAUGUCUGGCCCAGCACCCGCAUAUCCCAGCAGUCCUGGUCCUCAAUAAGGUGGACCAGGUGAAGGCCAAGAACAGGCUGCUGGAUGUCACGGCUCAGCUGACAUGUGGAGUGGUGAAUGGGCGAAAAAUUCGGGUCAGGCCAGUGAUCAAGCCUCCGUGGGCUGAAAAGAAGCCAGAGAGGGAUUCAGAGUUAUGUCUUGCGAAGGACACUGCAGCAUCUGAAGACAGAACAGAGACAAACUCUGUGCUGAGCAAAGAGCAGCUGAUGGCUUUGAGUAGCCAGCAGGGCUGGUCUCGCUUCAAGGAUGUCUUCAUGCUGUCGUCUGUGGACAAAGAGGAUGUGGAGACGCUGAAGAGCUACUUGAAGGCUGCUGCAAAGCCAGGAUUGUGGCAGUACCACAGUGAGGUCCUGACUGACCAGAGUCCAGAAGAAAUCUGCUACAACAUCAUCAGAGAAAAGCUGCUGGAGUAUUUGCCCCAGGAGGUGCCCUAUUCAAUGACACAGUCUGUUGAGCUCUGGCAAGAUGGAGAAAACGGAGAGCUUAAUAUUUCCUUAAAACUAUACACCAAGAAAGAAUCUCACAUGAGGAUGGUGAUCGGCACUGCCGGCCAGAUGGUGGGACGGAUUGCCCGAGAGGCAGGGGAGGACCUCAGCCAAGUGUACCUGAGGGACGUGAGGCUGGCGCUCACCGUCAAGCUGAGCAGUUGAAGAAGACGGAGGGACUUUCAUGGGGAAAUCCUGUAAAGGUGGAGCCGAUCCAGCUGGAUUUGUGAUGAUUCCAAAUUGAUCUCAGCCAAGGAAGGAGCUUAAAUUAAACAAUGGAUAUGAUUUUUCCAUGAAUCUGACAUGGAAUAGCCACAGUCCAAGAACUCCUGCUGACAUGCCACCGCCUUGACGAAAGAACGUUUUCCUUAUCCAAGUUAUGAAUUUUACAUAAUUUAUCUUCAUGUAGCAGCAGCACCAGUUCACACAGUCCCAGGAGACUUCAUUUAACAUUUUGAUACGGAGAUGUAACCUACGGGAUGCUGCAGAAUAAACCCCUUUGAGUUAUCUGGCUUAUUUUUAUUCAAAGAUAUGUUUUUGGUAACAAACACAAACAGAAUUUUGACUGCAUGUUAUGGCUGAGCAUGUUUGGCAAGCUGUAAAAAGGCAGAUGCUUUAUCUUACGCUCUGAGCUCGUUGCUUGGCGGGCGCCCUGUGCAAACAUGCGCUCUAGAUAAACUGAAGCGAGACCUGCACAGUCAUGUUCACUCAAAUGCCCCUGAUGUACCAUGCAGCCCCUUUUCCCUCCAUUCCCACAUCACUUUAGCCUACUCCACUGCCUGUGAAGUGUGCCCAUCCAUCCCUGCGACUAUCACUUUUUUUCUGGUGCUUUCUUCCUUUUUUCUCCCCCCACCAUCUCCUCCUUUGCUCUUUUGGUCCUCAUAAAGCGUGGCACUGCCCCCCCGAGGGUUGAAUUGUCUGCCUAAUGGAUGGCAAAGUGGAACACUAACCUGAUGCUAAAAUGGGUCAGAUAAUGGUGAUUAGAUUCAUUCCUGCUGCCUGUGAGUUAACUCGACAGUUACUCUAUCCGGGGCAUCUUGAUGAAUAACCAGUUGGUGCCCUAAAGUGAGGUAAGGAGGGAGUCAGAGAAGCUGUGUCAGCCCCUCGAACUCUGCCUGCUACAUAGUGAUUAGACCGGCCAGUUGCACAGCAGAGAUCACUUCUUAGACAAGCCAACUGCAGUUUGGAGAUAUUAAAGCUGGUGUCUGUCAUAUAAGUUGGCCUUUAAGCACAAAAUAUUUCAAAAGCUGAUGCUUGACUUGAAAUAAAGUUUUACUAAAAAAACAAACAAAAAACCAAAGUAUUCAUUUGAGAGCUCUGUCAACUUUAUUUAGCUUUCAUUUAAAAACUGGACAUUUAUUACACAUCAGUCACAAGUGUUUCCUUCUUCUGUCCUCCUGAUUUAGAUGUAAUUGAGCGAAGGCUGUAGAACCCUUACCAUUACUAAAACUCAGUAAUGGUAACGGUUUCACAGCCCUCCUCUGCAGCGUGUUCAGGCUUCGGUCAGUUGGGCCCCGAUUCUGUGACCAUGGUGCUGGAGGUGGAAUGAAACCCUGGAUAGUACAUCAUCUAUACUGUAGUGUCUCUUUAAUAAACUUACAGUAUAAGAUGAUAUCCUGUCCAGGGCACAAGACAUAACAGAGCAGCGAGUUUCUGCCAUGUUUGUUUCUAAUCUGCAAGAAAAGUUAAGACAAUGUGUUAGUGAUGCGAACAUCAGCAAAUUAAAAUGAUGGUUUUUAGUGUUAGAAAGGCCCAAAUUAGCCUCCUCUCUGUUGUCUACUCACCUCUUUGUUACUUCAUUCCUUCACAGCGUGUUGAUGUUUGAUGGCUGCUUCAUGUCUGGCUCACAUCUAGCUGCUCUGGCCGUCGUGCUCCAACACUUAAAGGCAGCUUCGGCUCAUUAGCAUACCGUGAUGACAUCUGGGGUGGACCAGACAGUUUUUUUUCCCUUCUUAUCUGUUCCCAACCUGAUUGCCUCAGUCCAGUGAUGGCCCCCGCCCUUACUGCAUUCGGAUGGACUUUGCAGACAAAUGACACGAUUCCUUUUUUUAAUUUUUACCUCUUAAUUGGCUGGUUGUUUUUUAAUUAUUAUAAUGGAAAAGAAAACGUGUCGACAAAACAUCCUUGAGAAAGAGUGUGUAUGUAAUUAGUUGACGCCAUAUGAAGACGUCCACAAGUGUGCCAAGUAUUAAAAAUGAUAUUUAGAAAGUC